CUCUGUGUGAGUUGCUUUUCAGCCAAUAUAAGGAGGAGGGAAACAUUUGGCCUGACUGGGGUAGGUCGCUGUAGGUGCAAGGUUAAUUUCCAAGUUCCAGAUAUAACCCAUAUGACCUCCGCUAAUGCCUCCUAGUAAACAUGUCGGAAACAAUAAAAAGAAAGACCAGGAUUUAAAGAAGGAGCGCAGGAAGCGUAGUCGUUGCGAGGAGAAUGACAGCAGCGAUGGCGAGGAUGGGGGCGACAUCUGCAGACAUACCUCUUCACCUGGGGAAAGCAGUCGCGAUGGAGCUAGCGGCAAUGUCACAACUGCCAAAACGUUAUCCCCUGCAACCGUCGUAGCUAUUGUACCGUCAGCAUCCGCCAACGACCCCAAGCUUCCGGGCCGAGUUCGCAGUCUGGGUGUCUCGAAUGGUGUCCAGAGUCCACCACCACCUUCGGCUGUCGUUUUUGCAGUGGCAAACGCGUUGUCGAAGGGUGCGGCAGCCGAGGCUGCAGCCGCAGACAAGGCCGCUGCCAAACGCGCCCGUGCUGACGCCUUACUUGGCCGCUUGACGGACAAGCUCGAGGCCACAAAAGACCCAUCCAAACGACUGGCCCUGCAAGCCAAGAUGCUACGCAUCCUGCCCAAAUGCACACCACCGCAACCAAUGCCAGCAGCAACGAAAGCGGCCCCAGGUGGGAUGUCGGCGACUCCCAGCGGCGGUGCCCCAGAGACCAGCGGGGGGUUUGUCUUCAAGCUGCAACGGACACCCAAGUCGGCUGCGACGCUGAACCUGUCAGCUGCUGCCGUUACGGCAGGAGGUCCUGCAGACGAGGCGCGGAGGCGGCUGCGGCAACAGCGCUUUUCCCAUGCUGCUGAAGAGGGCAGCGACGCUGCUGCCGCUGAUGCCGUACUAGUUGAGAGCGGCGGUGUGGGCACCAGCGCAGCCCUGGAGAAGGAGUACCUUCGCUUGACCAGCCUGCCGAGGGCUUCCGACGUGCGCCCUCCUGGCGUGCUCGCUGCGGCGCUGCGGCUCGUGAAGGCGAAAUGGUUGCAGCGGGCGGAUUAUGCGGCGGCUUCAGAGCAGCUGAAGUCAAUUCGACAGGAUCUUACCGUACAACAUGUACGGGAUGCGUUGACGGUUGACGUGUACGAGACGCACGGGCGGUUGGCGCUGGAGGCGGAUGACCUGGCGGAGUUCCGGCGCUGUCACGGAGUGCUACGGCAGCUGUACGGCGAAGGGCUACCUGGCAACCCCGCCGAGUUCGAGGCGUACGGGCUGCUGUACACGCAAGCCACCGCCGCCGCUCGCAACACGCUGGCUCUGGAGCUGGGUCGGGUGCCGCGGGAGCUGCUGAGUCACCCCUUCGUACGACAUGCGAUGGACGUGUGCGCGGCUGCCAGGUCCGGCAACUACGCUCGCUUCGUUGCGCUGUACGACGGGGCGCCGCGCAUGUCGCCGUACAUCAUGGACCGCCUGCUGGGGCAGAUGCGCUUGUGGGCGCUGCAGAGCUGCGUGGCGGCGCACAAGCCGCUGCCGGUGCCCCUGGAGCUCCUUGCGGCGGUGACGGGGCUUGAGACGGAGGAGGAGGCUGCCACCCUAGCUCAGGAGCAGGGUGCUGUGGUGGACUGGGCUGCGCGCUGCCUGGACACGCGGGCCUCCGCGAGCAAGACCCUGGGGCCGCCUCGGCCGCCUGCCUGACCUGCUGCAGCUGCAGCGAUACCGAUAGCGGUAGAUCCCGUGUAGGGGUGACGUUAAGAGGUCGAGGAGGCUGGCGUGUGCCUCGUGUGGCGCGUGGGGCGCGCGUCGGCUGUAGGAUUCGCGGGGUGCGGUUGAAGGUCCCACGUCGUCAACGUACACCGUCAUGUGUACGGGGUCUUGCUGCCAAAUAGGGUCCGCGUCGGCAUGCAGGGUGCGUCUGACUGACAGACACAAUCGAAUUUCGCAGAAGGGGCGGAAGGAAGAGUUGUUGGGCAACGGUAAGAUUGCUCGUGCGGCUAGGACGGGUGCAAGAUGGCUGCACGUUUGGAAACGUUUGGCGGGUGUCUACGUCGACGAUCGUUCCUUUGCAUUACGGUAGUGAAGGUUGGAUCGGCGUUCACCUGCGUUCACAUUACGGUGGCAAUCUGCACACUCUACACGGAAAAUGCUUGUUUCCAGCUACUACGUUGCACGCUACUCUGCACUGACGACAAAAGGGUAAACAACCAACGGC